UGUAGAUAAAACGCCUUUGCUAGAAGUUCAAAACUGCUGCUUCGUACAGUAGGCUAAACUACAGGUUGAAUCUUUGGAAGGUAGCGUGAAGAGUUUCCAAAGAUUAAGGUGAAUUGAUUUAUUGAAAUAAACUGUUAAGUUACGGUGUUCUAAGCAGGUUACAUAUAGCCUAUUUUACGCCAGAGCUGAAAGACAGUCGUGCACCGUAGACUACAGGCUACACCCACACACUUCCCCCCUCUUCAUGUCCAUAUGCGGGGCUUGGCUGAGGUCGAGAAGGCUGGGGUCUUGCUAAUGAUUGACUCCGUCGCGGACGGGACAGGUUUCGUAGUAUGACGUGACCUUCACCUCACAGUGAAAUGUAAUGAUGCAGUGUAGACAGCCGCUCUGCAAUGUGAGUGCGAAGUUCUUCCUCCAGCUGUAGAGUAGUUAGGGCUACCUGACUUUUUACGUGGAUCGCAAACUGCGACAGCUCCUAUGUAAGAUUUGUCUGCAGGAUUGGAAUGGAUCGAAAUCAUGGCACAUUGUAAUCAACUUUCACCAACAUCGCCAAGCGAUGUCAAUCUUGGAGCUUCAGCCAACCCCCAUGCUAAACCUACUGACUUUGAUUUCCUUGCUGUUAUUGGAAAAGGGACGUUCGGAAAGGUCCUGCUUGCCAAGCUGAAGUCGGAUGGAAAAUUUUACGCAGUGAAGGUUUUGCAAAAGAAAGUCAUACUGAAGAAAAAAGAGCAAAAAAACAUCAUGGCCGAGCGGAAUGUCCUGCUGAAGAGCCUGGAUCACCCCUUCCUGGUUGGGCUGCACUACUCCUUCCAGACACCGGAGAAGCUUUACUUUGUCCUGGACUAUGUCAACGGAGGAGAGCUUUUCUUCCACCUGCAAAGAGAGCGGUGCUUCUCUGAACCGCGAGCUCGCUUUUACGCUGCAGAGUUAGCCAGUGCUAUUGGUUACCUGCACUCUCUCAAUAUUGUGUACAGGGAUUUAAAACCAGAAAACAUCUUGUUGGAUGCUCAGGGCCACAUAGUUCUAACUGACUUCGGCUUGUGCAAAGAGGGGAUUGAACCAGAGGCCACUACAAACACUUUUUGUGGUACCCCAGAGUACCUUUCCCCGGAGAUGCUGAGGAAAGAGCCAUAUGACCGCACAGUGGACUGGUGGUGCCUGGGAGCUGUGCUUUAUGAAAUGUUGUACAGCCUGCCUCCAUUCUACAGCCGGGAUGUAGCCCAGAUGUACGAUGGUAUUCUCUUCAAGCCGCUACGCCUGCCUCCGGGGAAGUCCGAUGCUGUGUGCCACCUUCUCCAGGGGCUUCUGCAGAAAGACCAGCGUUGCCGUUUAGGGGCUACUUCUGACUUUAUGGAGAUAAAAAACCACAUUUUUUUCUCCCCCAUCAACUGGGAUGACCUCUGUAAGAAAAAAAUCACUCCUCCAUACAAGCCCAACGUGAAGGGCCCAGCUGACAUUCAGAACAUCGACCCAGAGUUCACCCGAGAGAUGGUAUCCAGUUCGGUGGGCCGCACUCCAGAUCUUGCCUCUAGUUUUGCCACCAGCGGCUCCGGCAGCUCCAGUGCUUUCGUUGGCUUCUCUUAUGCCCCUGGUGAAGACAGCUUUCUCUGAGGGUGCUCAUCUCAGAAGCACUCAUUCACCUGGGCUGUGACAUCAUGGUGCUCAUGAACGGAGAAAAAUACUGAAAGCCCUUUUUCAUUAUAUUGUACAUUGGCGGACAUUGUGGGAAGGGUGCUAAUGUGAAUAUAAAAGCUGGUAAUUACAAAUAUAUACAGGAUGUGUACCUUUGUCAAGACGGAAUGGGGUUUCCAUAGAAACUAGUGAUUCAGCUUAUUAGUAAAUGCAUUGGUGUAUUUGAGUCACAAAGCAAUUCCGACUUGCCGUGAUGGAAGAGCUAUUCCUUUCAUAUGAACGUCAUAUUAUACAUUAUACAUUAGAAAACCCAAACUGGUUUUAUACAAAUUAUCCCAACUCAGGACUCUGUCAACCCUUAUGUGAGCAUGUGAUGGAUUCGUAUUUUGUCACUUGGUAAAUACUGUUUGUACUACAGGCUUAGAGUGCAAUAUUUGUAAACUGUAUUGUUUUAGGUAUGGGCUGUACUUUGUCAGACUGUGCUUCGCAAAUAGUGACCAAAUUAAUUUUCUGUGCAUAAAAAGAAAUCAUUGUUGAGGAGAACAAUGAUGGCUGACUUCUAAAAGUGUAUAUAAUAAUCUUUUAUUAAAUUGUGUAUUAAUGUUUAACAACCA